CCUUUUUUUUUUUUUUUUAAGGGGUGGGGUGGGGGUGGGGGGGGUUGAUUGCUCGUCGUUUGUUGUGGCUGUUAAAUUUUAAACUGCCAUGCACUCUGCUUCCAGUAUGCUGGGAGCUGUGAAAAUGGAAGGGCACGAACACUCAGACUGGAGCAGCUACUAUGGAGAACCCGAGGGCUACUCCUCGGUGAGCAAUAUGAAUGCGGGCCUGGGCAUGAACGGCAUGAACACUUACAUGAGUAUGUCGGCUGCCAUGGGCAGCAGCUCGGCCAACAUGAGUGCCAGCUCCAUGAACAUGUCUUCUUACGUGGGAACUGGCAUGAGUCCGUCCCUGGCAGGCAUGUCCCCAGGGGCUGGGGCCAUGGCAGGCAUGGGGGGCACAGCAGCCCCAGGGGUUACGGGUAUGGCUCCCCACUUGAGCCCCAGCAUGAGUCCACUGGGGGGACAGGCCCCUGGGAGUAUGAACAGCCUGGCCCCCUAUGCCAAUAUGAACUCUAUGAGUCCCAUGUAUGGGCAGGCCAGCCUCAACCGAUCCAGGGACCCUAAGACUUACCGGCGGAGUUACACACAUGCCAAGCCACCCUAUUCCUACAUCUCCCUCAUCACUAUGGCCAUUCAGCAGAGCCCCAACAAGAUGCUGACACUUAGUGAGAUCUACCAGUGGAUCAUGGACUUGUUCCCCUUCUACCGACAGAACCAGCAGCGCUGGCAGAAUUCCAUCCGCCACUCUCUCUCCUUCAAUGACUGUUUUCUCAAGGUGCCCCGAUCGCCUGACAAGCCCGGCAAGGGCUCCUUCUGGACCUUGCACCCAGAUUCGGGUAACAUGUUUGAGAAUGGUUGCUACCUGCGUCGGCAGAAGCGCUUCAAGUGCGAGAAACAGUUGGCACUGAAGGAGGGAGGGGGAGGCCCAGGGGGUGGAGGCAAGAAGCCAGGUGGAGGAAGUGGUGGAGCUGGAGGGCAGCAAGCUCAACUAGGAGAGGGCAGUGGGGGUUUGCCCCCCACUAGCGGCUCUGACAGUUCUGCUGGAACGGAGUCCCCUCACUCCAGUGCCUCCCCCUGCCAAGAGCACAAGCGAGGUGGUUUGGGGGAACUGAAGGGCACCCCAGCAGCCCUAAGUCCUCCCGAGCCUGCCCCAUCCCCAGUCCAGCAGGCACACCUGCUGGGUCCACCACACCACCCAGGCCUGCCCCCUGAGGCACACUUGAAGCCGGAACACCACUACGCCUUUAAUCACCCCUUCUCCAUUAACAAUCUCAUGUCAUCUGAGCAACAGCAUCACCACAGUCAUCACCACCAUCAUCACCACCACAAAAUGGACCUUAAGGCCUAUGAACAGGUGAUGCACUACUCUGGCUACAGCUCCCCCAUGCCUGGCAGCCUGGCCAUGGGCCCCGUUACGAACAAAGGGGGCUUAGAAUCCUCACCCCUGACUGGAGACACAACUUACUACCAAGGGGUAUAUUCUCGGCCCAUUAUGAACUCAUCCUAAGAGUUGGGGGUUGGGGGGUGGGAGGAGGACCUCAUCCUACAGAGGUGAGAAAAGAAGAGAAGGGAUGGCUAUGGACUUUUCGGAGUGUUUUUUUGAGAAGAGGAGGGAGGAGUUGGGGAAUCAAGGCUAUGUAUGUAUCCACAUAUGCAGAGGACACCAGUUUCUGUCCCCUAGCUUUUGAUUCCCUGGGUCCCCAUUGUUCUGUAGGGAGGGGGAAAAUCUUUUUAAAGUCUCCAGUUUUCCACUACUGUUUAGACACCCCGCUUCUCCAGCAUCGUUUGAAUUUUAAUUUUUGCUGUUGUUGUUGUUGCAGGGAAGCCUUAUUUUUUUUCUUUGUGAGAGAGUGAUGAUAAAAACCUCCAAUUUUGGUGUAAAAAAACUUGUAGUUUUAACUGAGAACCAAAAGGUUGUGCCUGUUGUUUUAUUAAAAAAAAUAGAGGGAAAAAAAGAAUAGAAAAAGUGAGGGUCUGUUGUUGUAAUUGACCCACCCCUCAUUCAUGUUCCUGGGAGAGUGAAAUACAGUACUUGGCUCUGAUUAA